CAAACAAGUAAAUGGACAAAAUUCUUUACAAGUAGAAGCUAAAAGAAUCGACCCUUCAUAUAUUCGUGAUGCAAAAGACAUCGUUCAACGUAAAGGCAACAGAAAGCAUCUUACUAUUUUAGGAAAGUUACACGCUUGUCUAUAUGUUAUUAAAUUUUAUGGAGUAUCAGAAUUACCUGAUAAAAAUUACGUAAUGGUUUUUGAAUGGGUGGAAAGAGGAACUUUAAAAGAAGUUUAUCAGAAUUUUAGUCUUAGAUGGAAGGAAAAGAUUACUAUUGUAAGAGAUAUCUGUCGUGAAUUAGCCUUUUUACAAGCAGUGGAAAUUUUGCAUCAUGAUAUUCGAUGCGAAAAUGUGUUAAUAACUGAGAAAAUGCAACCUAAGCUUUGUAAUUUCAAAUUUGCUCACAAAAUUAACGCUAUUGCCAGUCAGAUCGAUGAUAUGAAUGCUAUAAUAUAUUGGUUAGCACCUGAAAUAUUAAACAGUUAUGAUC